UGAGAAAGAAGCGGAGGUGGGUAGCCGAGACCCGGAGAGACUGAGACAGAGCUGGAGGCAGAGUCUACGCUGAACCGACCGGCACAGUUGCAGGUUCCAAUCUUUGGGUACUCCAGGAGCUGCUCUCCAGCCCCUGCUUCUGGACCUAUGGAUUCUCCAUCUAGCGUUUCUUCCUAUUCCUCCUACUCUCUCUCUUCCUCUUUUUCCACCUCCCCAGUGAACAGUGACUUUGGCUUCCCCUCUGAUAGUGAGAGGGAGGACAAGGGGGCCCACGGGCCCAGGCCAGACACUGUUGGGCAGAGGGGAGGUUCACGGCCCAGUCCGGGUCCUAUCCGCUGCAGGCACCGAUCCAAGGUUUCCAGUCACCAUCAUACAGCAUCUCACCCGGAACGGCGGGGCUUGGCUUCUCCUAUGGCAGGAUCUGGGGUCAAAAGAUCAAGAAAUGGUGAAUUGGAGACCAGUCUAAACAUCCAGGGUUGUACUACAGAGGGAGACCUGCUAUUUGCUCAGAAGUGUAAAGAACUCCAAGGAUAUAUACCCCCUCUCACAGACCUACUGAAUGGGCUGAAGAUGGGUCGUUUUGAGAGAGGAUUGAGCAGUUUCCAGCAGAGUGUGGCAAUGGACAGGAUCCAGCGUAUUGUAGGUGUUUUGCAGAAGCCACAGAUGGGGGAACGUUACCUAGGAACCCUGCUACAGGUAGAAGGGAUGUUAAAGACUUGGUUUCCUCAUAUAGCUGCCCAGAAGACAUCAUUGGGUGGUAGCAGGCAUCAGCUCACCAAGCAUUUUCCAAGCCACCAUAGUGAUUCAGUUGCUUCCUCUCCUAUAUCGCCUGUGGAAAAGAUGAGCCAGACACAGCUAGGACAUGUACUGUUGAAACCAGAGCAGCCUUGGCACCUCACAGAAUGGCCAGCUAUGAACCUUACCUGGAUCCACACCACUCCUAUUUGCAACCCCCCUCUCAGUUCCCCAGGUACCAUCUCUUUUAGCCAUGGUCCUUUAGGCACUGGAACCAGCAUUGGCGUCAUCCUUUUCGUCCAACAUGGAGUGCAGCCUGUCACCCACUCUACCCCAACCACUCCGGUUCCACCUACUACAGCAUCUCCUGUCAUCUCUAGUGAUACUAAGAAACUAUCUAGAGAGGGCCCUCGUUGCUACAGUUUGCCAGUAACCAUGCCAUCAGACUGGAGCUGUACCCUCUCCCCUCCCAGUCUACCCACCAUGGCCAGAGAGAUGACCAUAGGACAACUAGAACAGCAGAUGAGAAGCCAUCCUCCAGGUGCUUCUGAUGCCCAUCUUCUCAACCUCUAACCCAGGGCAUGCAACUGUCCUCUGUGGUUUCUAAUUUGUGUGAAUAUUUAUGUAUAUAUGUAUUUUUACUUUUAAUGUGUGCACCCGUGUUGAGGGAAGAUAAAUCCUUUCUAAUUAAAGAAUUUUUUUACCUAAA